GUUUUGACGUAGUUCAGUUCUGGCAUCUGCAUAGACCAACAAAAUAGAUCCAAUCAUCAUGUUCAAAGCAUUAGUUAUCCUUGCAAUUGCAGCAUUUGUCACUGCGGAGUAUCAUGAAGAACAUUAUUCCCAUCCCAAAUAUAAGUUCGAAUAUGGAGUAGAGGAUCACCACACGGGAGACAACAAGGAUCAGUGGGAACAUCGGGAUGGGGAUGUCGUGAAAGGCCAGUACUCCCUGUACGAACCUGAUGGAACGAAACGCAUCGUGGAAUACACCUCCGAUAAGCACCAUGGAUUCCAAGCUCAUGUGAAGCGAGUUGGACACGCUCAUCAUCCACAGAUCUAUGGCCACGAGGAGGGACAUCAUUAUUCCGGAAACGAACUUGGUCAUGGUCAUGGUCACGCCAGCAGUUAUGCUAAUCUAUACCAACAUCAUUGAGACUGAAGA